GAGGGCCGAGGUGACGCCCGGGGUCAAGCCCGGUUGCCAAGGCCACUGUACCAGUUUUGGGAUGUACUGCCGGAACGGAGGGAAGUGUGUGGAGAGGUACAACGGCUACCUAUGUGACUGCACCGCCACUGCCUAUGACGGCCCGUUCUGCACCAGAGAUGUUGGGGGUUUCUUUGAGGCAGGAACACUGGUCAAGUACAACUUCAUGCCCGAAGCAGUUGCAGGAGCCAGUAGGGACACAAAGAUCCUGACCCACCAGCUGAUGCCACAUGAAGUGAAUCUAACAAAGGAGGAAGUGGCUUUCAGUUUCAGCACAUCCAACGCUCCAGCUAUUCUGAUGUAUGUCAGCUCCAAGACGCAGGAUUAUCUGGCUGUGGUUCUAAGGCAGAACGGUUCGCUACAGGUGCGGUAUAACCUGGGAGGACUGAGGGAGCCAUUUUCUAUAGAUGUAGACCAGCGUAACCUGGCCAACGGACAGCCACAUAGCAUCAACAUGUCCCGUGUUGACAGAAGCAUCACCAUCCAGUUGGAUCAUUACCCUCCAGUGAGCUACACCCUCCCAGACGCCUCAGACACACAGUUCAACCUGGUCAAGACGCUGUUCUUAGGCAAAGUCUUUGAAACUGGACACAUAGACCCAGUCCUCAUCGAGCGUUACAACACCCCAGGCUUCGUCGGGUGUCUUUCGCGGGUACAGUUUAACGGAGUCGUCCCCCUCAAGUCUGCACUGAGGACCGUCGCACAGGCCCAGGCCACACCGACAGCUGGUCAGCCAGACAGACAACCUGCAGCCGCCUCGCCGGUGUCUUACCAGGGCAAACUGGUGGAGUCCAACUGUGGGUCGUCACCUCUCACCAUCCCACCAAUGUCUGCAGCAACAGAUCCCUGGCGUCUGGACAACACAGAUGCAGAGUUCCCCUUCAAUGAGGAGAGAGUGAUUCCUGAUGGAGUCAACAGAGACUCGGCCAUCAUUGGAGGUGUCAUUGCGGUGGUGAUCUUCACUAUCUUAUGUACUCUGGUGUUCCUGAUCCGCUACAUGUUCCGUCACAAAGGCACCUACCACACCAACGAGGCCAAGGGCAGCGGGGAGUCUGCCGGAGAAUCGGCAGACACGGCCAUCAUCGGCACCGACAACCCAGAAACCAUCGACGAAUCAAAGAAGGAGUGGUUCAUCUAACGGCCAGUGGCGGGACUUUGAGCGUGGAAGUGAUGCGUCAGACCACCAGGUGCCACAGAGAUGGAGGAGGUUUAAUUCAAUGACCAAUCCCGGGAGAGAUGGAAGGAAAGGCCAUUCAAUAGGACAAUAAUCUCCCAGAGUGGGCGGGAUGUGGGAAGGAAAAUCUUUGUUUUUUUCUUUGUUUAUGUUUUUUAUAUAUCCAGAGUAUUAGAAAGAGAAGAGGGACAGUUAUGCAGCGGAGCACGGCUGUAAGAGACUGUACAUGUACAUACUAACCGGUUUGUCCUUCUUUGUAUCGUGCUUGGGAGUUUUCAGGAGUCCUUUGAAUACUAUAUGACAAAUAAUUAUACUUACUGGGUCGUGUGAUAGCACAGAUUUAUUGCCAGUCUCUCUGUUGCAUUUUGAUUUAAUUUUUUAACAAAAAUCUUUUAUCAAAAAUGAUCAAAUCAACAUGCCAAACCCUUCUUCUUCUUUUUUUUAAUCAGACUGUAGUUGCACCAGUCUGUCAACGCUCAUAUCCGUCAGAUGACAUGCCACUUAUACUGUGGUAAUAUAGAGUCCAAUAUGGAUGCCAAAACUCACUUUGUAAAUACAAUAUUUUGUGUUAUUUUUUCUUUUUCUCCAAAAGAUUUAUUCAGAGUCCAGUACAUAAACACUAAUGAGAAAUGUCAGAUCUAUAUUACAACAAUAUCAUAUGUCUGUCCAUUACAUUAUAUAUAUAUAUGUAUUAAAUAUAGAAUUUUAUGUUAAAAUCUUAUGACAUUCGAUUGUAUGGGACAUUCCUUUCUGAGGAAGAGCAGAGAGGGGUUUCUCAGAGCAUGAUGGGAAAUCAUGACACUCCAUGGGUGGUUUAGCUCAGCAGCAUGGCAGCUUUCUUUUCAUUUGGAACGGGUGAAACCAUGAGCCUUUACUCAUUCAGACUUUAGCAAUCUGUUUGUUUCUUUGCCAAACACUUGAGUCUUACGUCAUGUACCGAUUGGCUCAGAUUUUUGUGUUAAAUGUUUUGACUUUGAGUUGAGGAAUUUUUACAUCUUAAACUGAUAUUAGCUGUGGGUUUGCAGUGUGUACAUGCAUCUGUGUGUAUAUGUGUAGAUCAGAUGAAUAUUACUUGUUAUUUUGAACAAAAGGAGUGCCAGAAAGGACAGUUAAGACGGAUGAGAUCGAACAACUUGUCUGACACUUAAUGAGUUCUAAUGAUGCACUAAACACCAUACACUAAGUGGUUGAAGCAACAUAAAACACAAAAAAAUCAUUGACCCCUAAUAUUUGUUCAAGAUCUGGGAAAGGUUAAGAUGAGGAUUGGCUUUUUAGUCUGUUGUGUGCCUUCAAGGUGUUGAGCCAUUGCGCCUUGCCCCAGACCAAUUAACACAAACUUAUUAUAAUAACUUGCUGCUGCUGCAUGAAUUCUUAGUAAUCACAGUUUUCAAAUGUCUUUAUCUUUCCUGAUUUGAGUGGUGCUGCGUUCAAUUGACCAUGAAUCUCAGUCAAAACUUGGUUUUGAAUUCCGAAUGCUUGGGUGAGUUUCUCUCAAAUCCUAAACAAGUCUGACAUUUCCAGGCAUAGCUGUGUAGGUUCUUAUGCAGCAGCAGAACAAAGGUACAUUGGCAUGUAGGAGAGCUGCACGCUAUACAAUACACGAGAGGUUUACGCCUACCCUCUGUGACGCACAUACACACGCAAACAUGCAUGUUCGAUAGAGCACGAGUCAAGGUUCUUCAUUCAUUUACAAGAUUUCAGAAUGAGGAGGCUGCUGCUUUGUCAACAAUGAAUUGAGCUUUACUCUAACAGUGCCACUGUUGUCCAACAUACAAGAUGUACAAUGUAUAUUUUUUCUAAUAAUGUUGUUUUUCCUGUCAUUGUUGCGUGUGUACCUUACUGUAGCAUUUACAGAACAUUGUGUUCCAGUUGAAACCAGCUGCCAACUUUGUUAUUUAGUUGUGAAUUUGCUUUCUGUGUGUCUGUUUAGUCAAAUUGCUGUCAGGACACCCUGUUACAUGAAUGAUUUUGUACAUCUUCGUUACCUCAUGGUUGAGUGCUAACUGUAGAUCACUUCAUCAGAGACAUUAGGAAAGCUGGUGAACUCAGCCUGCCUUCUACCGCAUCCGCGGCCUCAAGGAAGACUUUCUCUGUACACAAACAUCACACCCAUUAGGGAAACCCGGUGACUUGUCCUUUUUUUUUUUAUAUAAUUAUAUUACUCAGAAUAUACAUAAAAACGCACA